UGCCGUCCUGUUCCUGUGGAUUCAGAGUUCUAGUGGAUGGAUGCAUCCUAAAUGCCAGAUUUAUGACAGUAGUGAAGACUUGGAACACUUUCCCACCUGGAUCUGCAGCCACAUACCUCAUCAUGCAGAACGUUACACUGCUGCCUGUCAAGAUGUCACAGCCAUCGAGGAGGAUCUACUUGGACUUCCCCCUAAUAUCAAUACCCUCUGCAUAUAUAUGACACAUGGUGAAAAUAGAUCCAUGUCUCUGGGCUUUUUCUCUCAGUUUCAGGAUCUGGAGUACCUGUACAUUAAGGGCUGUUUUACUCAAAUCCUUCCAUCUGGGAAUAGUCACCUUCCAAAUCUGCAACAUAUGUACUUAAGUAAUUGGGGAAUGGACUCAGAUUGCUGUGAUUGUCAUAUUGGGCCCCAUACAUUCAGAGAUCUCGUCAAGCUGAGUCAUUUGACUCUUUGGAGUUAUAGACUACCAGCAAUGUCCCCGGAAGUUUUCCAUGGCAUUCCUCAGUUACAAAGUCUCAUCAUUAGGGAACCCUAUUUAGAGGAUUUGUCAGAGAUAGCAUGUAGAAUUAUGAAUAUUAAGUCACUUGUUAGGUUAUAUGUAGACGCAACAAACAUACAAUCGUUAAACAUUUCGAACUGCUCCGUCUUAAACACCAACGAAAGCAUGACACCUCUUUUUAACAAGCUAGCAAGGGUUGACUUAUCAUUUGGUGAAAUAACAUAUAUAGAGGAAGGUUCACUGGCUUGGCUCCAGAACCUCACAAGGUUAACAGGGGCUUUCAGCCAGGAAGUCCUACUGCACCUUCCCCUGUCUGGGAUAAAACAAAUCCAGGUCUUCAGUUGCUAUGGGAUCAAUGUCAUUGAUAUUGAAAGUAUCUGUAAUGUUGUGUUUUUGCUUUCAAUCAAGAAAUUAUUUGUAAACAAUGCCAAUACAAGCAGCCUCUCCAUGUCCAGUGUUGAAUUGUGCACUGGGCUAGAAUAUAUGUAUUUAAGUGUACCUUUGUCUUUCCAUCCUACUACCCAUUUGGAAUGGAAUUUUAUUUCCAGUCUCAAAAACCUUAAUCAAUUAAAAAUAGUCGGCCUGGAAGAUAACAGACUUGAUAUUUGCUCCUUCCAAAAACAACCAAUAACAUGGUUAACAAAAUUCACUUUAGGGUUGAAAAAUCUAAUGCCUUUUGCUAAACAAUUUAUCUGUCUUGUUAAGCUGCAGUAUCUGGAUAUAAAACAGAAUUUAAUUUCAAACAUUGAAGACUUUGCUUUCCUGGGAUUAACGAAUCUGGAGUCCUUAGACAUUACAAGUAAUAACAUAACACAGAUAAAUGCAAACACAUUUUAUGGUUUACAUAGUUUGACAUGGUUAGACCUCAGGAACAAUCCACUUAUUCACAACAUUGAGGCGAUGUCUUUCACACACCUCAUGUCUCUUAGACAAGUGUUUCUCGGGCAAGUGAACAAUCCACUAACAGAACCUGUGAUCAAGCUGAAUCUGACACUUAUAUUUGAGGAAUUCUGAGUCAACUGACUCAUC